AUGACGGUGAGCUUGGUGACUGGCGGGAACCGUGGGAUUGGGCUGGCAAUCUGCAAGGCAUUGGUGGAGCGCUCCAAAGACAACGUGGUGUGGAUGGGCGCACGCAACCCCGAGCGCGCAGCAGAGGCCCUGGCAACAUGGAAGAGCAGUGGCGUGGAUGAGAGCGCCCGUGAGCGCGUGCACCUCGUGCAGCUGGACGUGACAGACCAGGCGUCCGUGGACGCGGCGGCUGCCUACUUCAAGGCGCACGACGUCACACUGGACGUCCUCGUCAACAACGCCGGCGUGGCCCUGGACCUGCCGUGGAGCAAGCACCCUCCAACCGCUGCCACCUGCGACACGACCAUGGCGGUCAACGUGCGCGGCGUGCAGCGCGUGUUCCAUGCAAUGCGGCCCUUGCUGGCCAAGGACGCGCGGGUGGUGAACGUCUCCUCCGGUGCGGGUCCCAUGAACAUGGAGAAGACAAGCGAGACCCGACAGGCUACCUUGCUUGCCGACGACUUGACCGAAGACACGCUGGACACGCUCGUGGAGGAGUUUAGCGCGGAGUACAAACAGGCCGUGGAUGAGAGCGCCAAGGCGUCCACGACCCUGCCGUGUGCGUCGCCCACUGGCUGGUGGCUGCAGGCGUACGGGUUUUCCAAGGCCGCCGUCAACGCGCUCACGCACAUCUGGGCACGCGACAACAAGGACCUGCUCGUCACUUGCUGCACGCCCGGCCUUGUCGACACGGAUAUGGUGGCCAGCUACACGGGCAGCAGCACCAAGAAGAGCCCGGAGGAGGGAGCCGCCACGCCUGUCUGGCUGGCAACGGCGCCGCGCCAGGACAUCCAGAACGGACGCAUGUACGGCAACGACUGCAAGCUCUUGCCAUGGCAACUGCACGCUUACUCGCCGCUGACCUUGCACACACAAGCUGGUGCUUCCAAAGCAAACUCGUAA